AUGUACAACCAGCAACGCCUUGCCAUGCCGGAUUACUUCCCCGUGGCCUCGUCCUCCUCGGCCGUCAUGCAGGCCCAGUCUCAGCCCAACUAUGACGCCUACGCCGCCGCCCCCAAUGUGGGCAUCCCCCCCAUGCAGCACCGCGCCUCCUCAGGCGCCUGGACCCCACAAGACGACCAGACUCUGCUGGCAGCACGCGCGCAGGGCCUCAAUUGGGCGCAGAUUCAGAUCACCUACUUUGGAAACAAGACGCCCAAUGCCUGCCGCAAGCGCCACGAGCGCCUCAUGGAGCGCAAGGGUGCCGACGACUGGGAUAACCGCAAGCUUGAACGUCUCGCCAAGGAGUACAUGACCAUGCGCAAGGACAUCUGGUCUGGCCUAGCCGCCCGCACCGGCGAGAAGUGGAAUGUCGUCGAAGCCAAGUGCAUGUCCAACGGCCUCAAGAACCUGCAGAGCGCUGCCCGCAGCGCCGCGCGCCGCGAACGUCUGGAAUCCGGCCAGCCACUACCACCAGGGUAUGACGAUGAUAGCGGAAUCAGCGGCAUCGGGUUGACACCUGUUGACGAGCUAGACCCGUCCUACAGUAGCCCCGAGACGGCCUCGUCGGGCGGCCAUUCGGCCAGCGGCGGAAGCAACGGUUACGCCCCGCACCACCACCAGCACCACCACCAGCACUUUGCUAUGCAGCCCAUGCCUGGGUCCUACUACGGCCACCACCAGCAGCAGCAGAACCACCACGGGUACACAAGCUCGGUUUCGUCGAACGGGUCAGGUGCCGCGUACAGCGGCUCCGGCCACACGGGGCACUCGCAAAGCCCCAGCCCGUACAUGCAUCCGCACGGCCAGCGGCUGCCGAGCGUCGACAUGGGCAUCGAUGCCAUCAUCAACCGACCUGGCGGUGUGCAGCAGUUGUGA